AUGACGAGAAUCUUCAGUUUUAAUUUAUAUUUCUAUCUUGUAAUUGUGUUAUCAUUCUAUAUAUCGCAAGUUUUGUCAAAUUCAACGACGAUUCAAAAAAGAGAAAUUAAUGAAGAAAGUGAUGGCACAUUAAGAAUUAUUUCGCGUACUCUCCGUAGCUGUGGAGGAUCACUUGUUUAUUCAAGCUUCGAAGCCACUAUCUCCACGGAUGGAUAUACGACUUACUUUCUCAAAGGAGCUAUCCCCGGGGGGUUAAGUCAGCCUACAGCGCAAUCAACCCUCGCUACCGUAAAUUCUUCCAAAGUGACAUGUCAUUAUUCUCCAUAUACACCUAGCAAGGUUGAAACUGCAUGUGUAAUUGAUAGUGGGUCCGCAAUUACAUUUUAUUUUGGCAGUUACAGUGUUGGAGGUUCUAUGGGAGUACGGGCGUCAUGGGAAUAUAAUUCUACGAUCGUAACAAAUAAGCUUGAAAUGAGUUUUUCUCUAUGGAGUACAGAUUCAGUCAUCCAAGGUUGUGUUAUUGGUUUAGCGACAGCUAGUCCCACAAACUCAAGCUCCACAACCUCAAUCUACUCAACCACAACACAAACCUUCUCAAUCCCCAACGCUUCAGGAUUCCAAAUCUCAUAUAACGCUCUAUUUGCAGUGAUUUUUAUACUAAUAAGCGGCCUCACCAGCUAUACGUUAAUAAAAGGCAACAAUAUACCACAAAUUUCUAAAAAUCUUGAAUCAUCCGCCGUUGAGAAAUUGGCUGUUGAUCGCUCCCAACCACCUUCAGUAUAUGAUAUCUUUCGUGCUGCUCAAUUUUUCGUAACUACCGCUCUGCUUUCUUUAACUCACCUUCCAGAAAGUUACCGGGAUUUAAUAUCUAAGUUUGGUUGGACAAUUGGUUUUCCCAGUUUUAGUGAAUCCCUAUCUAACGUUGUAGAUAACCAGAUACGAAAAGGAAUAUGUAAUAUGUCAAAUCCACCCUCAUCUGGAUUUACAACUUCUGGGAGAAUAAUGAAUAUUCCAGACUACAAUUUAUUUUUUUGCGUGCUUAUUCAAUUCUGCAUUAUAUUAGCAAUUGCACUUGUUAUUACAUUACUCCUCGGGUUGAUUUCACGGUUGUCUAAAUUCUUACAAAAAAAAUGGUCCAUUGUGAAAACAGCGGCGAGCAAUAUUCACUUUUUAGUACUUGGUGGAAUGUUUCGUGUGGUAAGUACUAUUCCAUCUGCUCCUAUUUUAUUACCCUUUAACCCUUUUUGCCGCCUAUCAACUGUCAUUUCACUACGACUGUUGGAUUUAUCGCAUGAUCGGGAUGCAUUUAACGCGCCAGUUCAUACAUUCAUUUAUGGUGCGCUCUAUACUCAAUAUCGAGAUCAUUCGGAGGAGAAACAAGCUUGCCUCUGGUUUUUUGUAUUCACAGUCACCUAUGAUGUCAUUCGAGCAGUUGCCACCGGAGGAGCUCGACAAAGUGGUGUCGUACAAACUUCUUAUAUUGGCGCUGCAAUUUAUUAUUAUUGGAAUUUUAUUACUGGUAGUACUCCUUCAAUUUUUUGA